UCUACAGCUUUCUACCGAAAACCCAAACCCAAUUGAAGAAAGUAUCUGACAAUUCUGGGUUUAGAGCACGCGACGGGGCCUAAUUGAAGAAUGAGCAAAAAACCCUAGUUGGAGUUGGAGAGAAAUUGAGGGAAUAACUUCCCUUCUUUAACGGUCAAAACCUCCCUGGAUAUGACUGCAGACAUAAGGGAAAUCGAAAGUAAAAAGAAAAAUAGUGUUUUUUUCCUUCUUAAAUAUAGACACAUAUAAGUAGAAAAAGGAAAUAGGGUUGGAUUUGAAAGGGACACAGAGACCGAAUAAGCCGUUUUGGAAUCUCCAGAAUUGUAAAUUAUGAAUGGGUUUUUGCCCUUUUGUUGAAUGAGUUUGCUUGCAGAAUCAUGUUCUGUUUUAAAAGUGGAACCUAACUUGGCCAUAUUUUCCAAUCCUUCCCCAAACCAAAGCCAAUAGAAACCCGAGCAUCAAUUUUUUAAUUGCAUCCAAAAAUUUCUCUGUGAAUACGUCUGAAAUGCAAAUGCAAUAUGUUUUGAAUAAAAAAAUAAAAUUUGCCAAACCCACCUUUUACGUUAAACUCAAACCAACUCAAAUUGUCUUCAAGCUGUCAGUGGUUUUCUGACCAAAAACGCCAACACUUAUGCAUCACGCAGCAGUUCUCUCAUCAUUCUCACAACAGCUUCUUCUGUCUUUCCGUGAUUAUUCUUUCUGGGAUUGAAAGAAACUCUCUUGAGAAGUUUAUACUUUUUGCACGUUGUCACACACUGAAACCAGAGCAUGACUCUAUACCUCUCUUUCAGAGCUAUAAAAAAAUCCCAACCACCGCAUAUACUCAAAAGCCCAUUGGUUUGUCUUCCAUACCGCACUUGUUCACCUCUCUCUCAAUGCACUGGAGUUUUCCGAAUCGCCACUCAGUCUGCACAUGACCUGUUCGACAGAAGUUCUCAAGAAAACAUCUCCCAAUAUAAUCAAUUGCUUUUUGACCUCUCUCGUGAUUCCCGCAAUAACGAAGCUAUUAACCUCUUUUUGACCAUUCGACAAUUGGGUUUGGCAGUUGAACAGUCGACCAUUUCUUGUAUUUUGAAGGUCUGUGGCUACUUGUUUGAUAAGUGCACUGUUGGUAGACAAGUGCAUUGCUAUUGUAUAAAAUGUGGCCUUAUUAAGGAUGUUAGUGUUGGCACUGCUCUUGUUAACAUGUAUAUGAAGAAGGAGAGUGUUGAGGAUGGGAGGAGAUUUUUUGAUGAAAUGGGGGAGAGGAAUGUUGUGACAUGGACUUCAUUACUUGCAGGUUAUGUACAGAAUGGAAUGAGUGGCAUGGUAUUAGAAUUGUUCGAUAUAAUGCAAAUGGAGGGUAUUAAGCCUAAUCCCUUCACAUUUGCCGCCAUUCUUGGAGCUUUAGCAGACAAAGGGAUGGUUGAAAGGGGUGUUCGAGUUCAUGCCAUGGUAGUAAAGAACGGGUUUGAUGCAACUAGGUUCGUUUGCAAUUCUUUAAUUAAUAUGUAUUUGAAGUCGGGAAUGGUUAGAGAUGCUAGAGCUGUUUUUGAUGGAAUGUUGGAUAGAGAUGCUGUUACAUGGAAUGGUGUCAUUACUGGUUAUGCAAUGAAUGGGCUUGAUUUGGAAGCUUUGGAUAUGUUUUACUGCAUGAGACUUGCUGGCAUAAAGCUUACACUGAUGACUUUUGCCCCUGUUAUUAAAAUAUGCGCUAACAUUAAAGAAAUGGGCUUUGCAAGGCAACUUCAUUGUCAGGUGUUACAGAUUGGUUUUGAAUUUGAUCGCAAUAUUAGAACGGCACUCAUGGUAGCCUACUCUAAGUGCAGUGAAAUAGAUGAUGCUUUUAAACUGUUUUCCAUGAUGUAUGAAAUUCGAAAUGUGGUGUCAUGGACUGCCAUGAUAAGUGGAUACUUGCGGAAUGGUGGCGCUGAAAAAGCAGCUCUUUUGUUUUGUCAAAUGAGCAGAGAAGGAAUCCAGCCUAAUGAUUUUACUUAUUCUACCAUCCUUGCAGCUCAACCCACCAUUUCUCCAUUCCAAAUACAUGUGCAGGUCAUCAAAAGUAAUUACGAGAAGUCUCCCACAGUUGGAACUGCUCUUUUAGAUGCUUAUGUCAAAUUAGGGAACAUUGAUGAAGCUGCGAAAGUUUUUGAACAUAUUGGUGAGAAGGACAUUGUUGCAUGGUCGGCAAUGGUUUCUGGAUUUGCUCAAAUAGGAGACAUCGAGAGUGCUGUUAAGAUGUUCAUCCAGUUAAUGAGGGAAAAGGUCAAACCUAAUGAGUUUACAUUCUCUAGUGUCAUAAAUGCCUCUUCUGCACUAACAGCAACUGUAGAACAAGGAAAACUGUUUCAUGCAUGCUCUAUAAAAUUACGUCUAAAUAAUGCUUUAUGUGUCAGUAGUGCUCUUGUCACCAUGUACGCAAAGAGGGGGAAUAUCGAGAGUGCCAAUGAAGUUUUUCAGAGGCAAGGGGACAGAGACCUAGUUUCCUGGAAUUCAAUGAUUUUUGGUUAUGCACAACACGGUCAAGGGAAGAUGGCCCUUAAGGUAUUCAAGGACAUGCAAAGACAGAACUUAGAAAUGGAUGCUGUAACUUUCAUUGGCGUCAUAUCUGCCUGCACUCACGCUGGACUAGUGGAUGAAGGGCAAAUGUACUUCAACAUGAUGGUGAAGGAUCAGCAGAUUGAGCCAACAAUGGAGAUUUAUUCUUGCAUGGUUGAUCUAUAUAGCAGGGCUGGAAUGCUUGAAAAGGCCAUGGACGUCAUAAAUGGGAUGCCAUUUCCUGCUGGUCCAACUGUGUGGCUAAGUCUUUUGGCUGCCUGCCGUGUUCAUCGCAAUUUAGAGCUGGGUAAACUUGCAGCAGAAAAACUGCUAUCAUAUCAGCCGCAAGACUCAGCUGCAUAUGUUCUUCUAUCCAAUCUUUACGCUGCAACAGGAGAUUGGCAAGGGAGGGCCAAAGUGAGGAAAUUGAUGGAACUGAGAAAAGUGAAAAAAGUAGCUGGGUACAGCUGGAUUGAUGUUAAAAACAAGACCCACUCCUUUUUGGCGGGUGAUUUCUCGCAUCCUCAAUCAGAUCAAAUUUAUUCAAAACUUGAAGAGUUAACUAGCAGAUUGAAAGAUGCAGGUCAUCAACCUGAUACAAACUAUGUCCUUCAGGACGUUGAAGAGGAACACAAGGAGACUAUUCUUUCUCAUCACAGCGAGAGACUGGCAAUUGCUUUUGGAUUGAUUGCUACACCUCCAGGGACUCCACUUCAGAUUGUUAAGAAUCUCAGGGUCUGUGGAGACUGUCAUAGUGUUAUCAAGCUAAUAUCGAUGAUUGAAGGGAGGUAUAUUGUUGUCAGGGAUUCAAAUCGAUUCCAUCACUUUAAGGAAGGGUUAUGCUCUUGUGGAGACUACUGGUAACCUUAUGGUUAGUGACAGGUAUCAGAUGAAAGUUCAUUGUAUCCUGGUGGUCAACAAGACCAUCUUAAGGCAAAAAAAUCCACAUUAUGUCAAGGCUAUUCUAUUUAUAAUGUGGAAACAGAUGCUGAGAAUGACGCAAUGAUUAUGUUCUUGAGUAUGGCAGUUUUCAUGAGAAAGGCAUAGCAAAAAAGUGGAAGAUUGAAUUGAUUGGGGGAGAUUCUUGUAGCAACAUAUUCUAUUGAUGACAUAUUUGAUUGUAGAAUGAGAUUAUGCUAUAUGGGUAGGAUUACUGGAAAAAAAAAAUGAGUUUCAUGAUCCAUUACAAGAUUCAAUGACACCAGCAAUAGCGAUGGAUGAUGAGCCCAUUGGCAAGUUUUUGUAUUGAUGAGAAGAGUUUAUCCCUCUAAACUCUCAUGAAUGUGUGUGGUCUGGAUCCUGUUCAUCUUACUCUCGAACACUGAAAGCACUGGAUCACUUUCUGCGGGAUGGAUAUAAUUAAAAAGAGAAAGGAAAAUGUAAGUUAGAGUUGGUUUCUUCACUAACUUAUCUAAGGCUGAUGAUAAGAUCCUUGUCUGAACUUUGAAAAAUCGGGGCAGCUGGUGAUUUUUAUUUUUUUUUUUAACUUUUUCUGAUAAUCUCUCUUGAUUUACAUAUAAGCAUUGUUCCAUAGGUUUUUAACUAUCAGUAUAUUUCACUUAGUAUCAAAAGUUAGCUAGGAAAGUCAUACCUGCAAGUUGCUGAGCUUGGUCUGGUGUAAGCCUGGCUGAGAAGCCUCUAAAGCUCUUACUGUAAUGGUGAACUGCCGGUCUGUUGUGCCUCCUUGCAACAAAAAACGAAUAGAAGUUUUAGUAGUAUCUUAACUAGCUAUUAAUGCUAAGAGAAUUGAUUUCCAUUUUGAAGUCGUCAUUCCAAACUAAAGUAUUAUCUUCCCUUCCAGUGAUUGAUGCUAGCAACUCAUGGUUUGGUUUUAUCACAGAUUCUGAAUUUGGAUGAGAGUCCUCCCCCAUGUAAACAUAGAGCUGCAAGAUUGAAAAUCACCUUAUAUUGGAACUUGGUAAUAUUCCACAAAAGAUUAUGCUUAUUCAAAUGUGGCAGUUCUAUAUACCUAUUUGGGUGCUUCGUUGUGUUAUAUUUGUUGAUGUAUUGCUCAGAUUUCUGAAAGUUGCUUUGAUAGGAUAACCAACAGAAUGUGUGAUAUGGUAUCUAUUAAUUAUAAUGGUUAAAAUGACCAUCAACCCCGAGUGUGAUAACAAAUUAGGAGUUUUUGACAUUGAAGUCCUGAUCCAUCAGUCUUUGGGUGAUCCCAAAACAAGGCAAAUACUUCAUUGUACAAAAGGUGUUUUAACGGCCAAGUCCAGUUGCAAAAUUGCAAUUCAGAGUCGCAGACUCAGUAUACUACCCGUUCCACAUCCAAAAUCAGCUUCCCCAACCAGGGGGGAGAUCAUACACAUCCAGAAGCACCACAAUGUUCCUGAGACACUUGAAAACCAUGAUUAGUCAAGCAAGAACCCCAGACAAUAUAAGCAACUGAGUACCAUGUAUGCAUCAGGACAUUUAAAUUCUUCUUUACACAAUUUCAAACAAGCAAUACAAUGAGUGUUGGGAAUAGAAAUUCCUUCUGAAUACAGAAAAGGAGAAGUCAAGUCACCUUCCCCAUUUGAACAAGUUGAAUAAAAAGGAUGCAAUUCAUUGAAUCCAGCUGGGGCCAAUAAAAUACAACUCAUGGUUGUUG